GGAGAGCCCCGUCAGAGAGAGAGACCGCGUCCGCUGCUGCCUCUGCGCGUCACUCUGACAGGAUUCUAACUCAUCGCGGGAUUUGUUUCCGACACAGACGGACUUUAAACCCUAGCUGACGACAUUCGCUUCCGUUUUACUGCGCCGGCGGAUGGGAAUUUGCUGUCGCUUUCUUGGAUUUUUCUAAUAAAAGAAAGAAAAGAGAAAAAAAGAAAAGAUGCCUGCCGAUAUGAUGGAAAAAUCCUCUUCCUCCCCGGUCGCUGCGACGCCGGCGAGCAUGAACACAACUCCGGAUAAACCCAAGACAGCGUCCGAACAUAGAAAGUCAUCAAAGCCGAUCAUGGAGAAGAGGAGACGAGCCAGAAUAAACGAGAGCUUGGGUCAGCUGAAGACUCUCAUCCUGGAUGCGCUCAAAAAAGAUAGCUCCAGACACUCCAAACUGGAGAAGGCAGACAUCCUGGAGAUGACAGUGAAGCACCUCCGGAACCUGCAGAGAGCUCAGAUGACCGCUGCUCUCAACACCGACCCCACCGUCCUGGGGAAAUACCGCGCCGGAUUCAGCGAAUGCAUGAACGAAGUGACCCGGUUCCUGUCCACCUGCGAGGGCGUCAACACCGAAGUCAGGACGCGGCUCCUGGGCCACCUGGCCAGCUGCAUGACGCAGAUCAACGCCAUGAACUACCCGAGCCAGCAUCAGCACCAGCACCAGCACCAGCUCCCCUCGGCCGCCGGCGCGACGCACCCUUCCUUCGGCCAGUCCAUGGUGCAGAUCCCCAGCUCCUCGCCGCAGGUGCUGCCCAUGAACCCCGCGUCCUGCAAAGGGGGCUCCCCGCCGGCCAGCUUGCCGUCAGACGCCACCAAAGUGUACGGCGGCUUCCAGAUCGUGCCCGCCACGGACGGACAGUUCGCGUUCCUCAUACCCAACGCGGCGUUCGCGCCCAACGGCCCCGUCAUCCCCGUGUACGCGAACAACGUGAGCACGCCGGUGCCCGUUCCCGCCGCCGUGUCCCCCGGGGCCCCGUCAGCCAACACGGACUCGGUGUGGCGACCCUGGUGAAACGCAAUGACCGGCAGAAAAAAAAA